AUGACGUUUUUAGAUCAAUCAUACUUACAGACCAGUUCUUGGAAGCCGGAUUUGUUCAAAGGCAAAGUUGUCUUUGUCACUGGCGGAGCAGGCUCGAUAUGUCGGGUUCAGACUGAGGCAAUGGUAUUGUUGGGAGCCAAUGCUGCAAUUGUUGGCAGAAACCAGCAAAAGACUGAUGAUGCUGCAAAGGAUAUCGAGUCCUUGAGAUCGGGGUCUAAAGUGGUUUCUUUACCAAACGUUGAUGUGAGAGACGUUAAGCAAUUGGCAGCUGCGGUGGCCAAGACUGUUAAAGAAUUGGGGCGCAUUGACUAUGUUAUUGCAGGCGCAGCUGGAAACUUUUUGGCCGAUUUUAACCACUUGUCUUCAAACGCAUUCAAAUCUGUGAUUGAUAUUGAUUUGCUUGGUUCGUUCAACACUGUUAAGGCAUGUUUUGAAGAGUUGAGAAAGAACAAAGGUGCUAUUAUCUUUGUCAGUGCUACAUUACAUUACUAUGGUGUGCCUUUCCAACUUCAUGUUGGUGCUGCCAAGGCCGGUGUUGAUGCAUUGUCCAACGCAUUAGCAGUCGAAUUUGGACCCAUUGGAAUUCGCUCAAAUUGUAUUGCACCUGGCCCAAUUGCUGAUACAGAAGGAAUGGCUAGAUUAAGUGGGGGUGAAAAGGGUAGAAUCGCUGAAAAGGUACCAUUACAAAGAAUGGGAACAAAACAAGACAUUGCUGAUGCAACUGUUUAUUUAUUCUCGCCCUCGGCCAGCUACGUCACUGGUGACGUCUUGGUGGUCGAUGGUGGUGCAUGGCAAAUAGGUCAAGGUUUUGGAACUCAGGACUACCCAGUAACCUUUAAGAAAUUUUUUGACGCACCCAAAGGAGGCAAAUUAUAA